GCUUCUGUGUUUUUAUGCCAUUUUUCAGGUUGCAGUACUUGAGUUUUUAUUCUUAACGUUUUUUCUAAAAAGAUGAAAUCCGUUGCUCCUGAACAUCCCAGAUUCUGCUGAGUCAUCCAGCAGACGCUGAUCAGAACGUUGUCCAAUCAGACUCAUCAUCACAUCCAAAGGUCUGGGAGACUCUGGGCAACUGUCCUGGCCAAUCCAUGGGCCGAAUUUUCUUCUUCGUUCUUCUUUGUCAGCAUUCAUUUUGGAGAAUGUCGCCCUCCAGUGAUCUGCUGUUGCAACUGCAUGACAUUGGCCAAGUAGCUUGGCCCGUUUCAGUUCUGUAUGAACACAAACCAAAGGAAGGUGGACGUUCAUCAGCAGUCCCAGCCAGUGGAACCGAGUCCCCAGAGUCUCCUGGUAGGAAUGUGUCUUCAAUGUUCCUGAUAAAACACCAGAUCAGAACCGUCCUGUUUCCACAGGCCCAAAUGCUCCUGAACUUACCACAGAUUAUCACACCUGCUCCAGAGUCGACUUCUCUGGACUCGGAGGCAUCUGGAAUGGACCAUCACACCCUGGAUAUGGGUACUAGACUGGUUCUGGAUCCGCUUUGAACCAGUUCUGGUACGCAGUCCUGACCUAACCAACCAGGAGCUGAGCUGUGGUUUUCAGGAAUAAUGAGACGAAUUAGAUUUUUUUCUGAGAACGUCUCUUUUAGUCUUUUGAAAAUGUAUUAAAAUGAAAACCGGGUGGAAAGUGGAUUUGAACUUGCAGGCUGUGCUGAGAGGUGGAGGAGAACAUCUGCUAGUGAAGAUCCCUGAUCUCUGUUUGGGAAACGUUUUCCUCUGGAAAGCUUGCAGCCAGAAAUCCGACACAGGACAACUGGAUUUUUUUCUGUCUAAACAUCUGAAAGAUCGAGAGGAGAUGACUGGAAUCGUCCUCACACACCUGUUCUGCCUCAUGUGUCUCUGUUUGGCUCGUCCUCCACCAGCCUCUCCAGUGACCAUGAACACGGUGAAGAACCCGCCUGCCGAUGGGACCUUGGCGGGUAAAGUUGUGCUUCCCUGUCGCUUCUCCAGCACCAUGCCAGCUUCCCCCAGCAGCCCCACCUCCACCCCCAGCCCCAGUCCUGACAGACAGAUCCGGAUCAAGUGGUUGAAGCAGGAUGGGCCUCAGGAGACGGUGGUGCUGGUGGCCCAGGGAGGGGUGGUGAAGGUGGGGCAGAGAUUCCAGGGCCGGGUGUCGGUGCCCAGCCAGCCCCUGUCCGACAGAGAUGCCUCCCUGAGGAUGGUGAAGCUGAGGGCCAGCGACGCCGGGAUGUACCGCUGCGAGGUGAUGGACGGGAUGGAGGACACCCAGGACAGCGUCACCCUCAGAGUCUCUGGGGUGGUGUUCCACUACCGGGCCCACUCCAGCCGCUACACCCUGGACUUCCCCGCGGCCGUGGAGGCGUGCCGCUCCGUCAACGCCUCCAUCGCCACGCCGGCUCAGCUGACUGCCGCCUUCCAGGACGGCCUGGACCAGUGCGACGCCGGCUGGCUGGCCGACCAGUCCGUCAGAUAUCCCAUCACGGAUCCUCGUCCCGGAUGUUCAGGUGACCUCGUGCAGCUUCCAGGUGUGAGGACGUACGGCUUCCGUGAUGCCACGGAGCAAUACGACGUGUACUGCUUCGUGGAUCAGCUGCACGGUGAGGUCUUCUAUCCCCCCUCCCUCGGAGACAAGCUCACCUGGCAGGAGGCGAAGGAGGAGUGCGAGUCGCACGACGCCGUGAUGGCCUCGCCUGGUCAGCUGUUUGCGGCCUGGAGGGCGGGGCUAAACCGCUGUGACUACAGCUGGCUGUCCGACGGCAGCGUCCGCUACCCCGUCACCGUGCCCCGGCCUCAGUGUGGAGGAGGUCUGCUGGGGGUCCGGACGCUCUACAAGUACGAAAACCAGACCGGCUACCUGGACCCGACGGAGAGAUACGGAGUGUUCUGCUUCAGAGCUAAACUACCAGACUCGACCACUGCACCUUCACGGACCAGUCCAGCUGUGUCUGCACCCGAGGCCUCCACAGAGACGCCAACCCCUCCACAGCCUGAACUUCACAUCAGGACACCUGAACCGGUCACAGAGACACCAUACCUGGACCUCACUUCCUCGUACACCACGGCCUCUGACUCCAGCUUAGACGACCUCGAUGUCAGAGACUUUCAUAAAGGCUUUGUGGAGUCAUACCCAAGCAGAGGGGACAUUUUGCCCCCCAUUCCGCUCCCCACCUUACCCAGCCCAAGUCCACAGUCGGCACAGCUGGACAUCUCUCUCCAGGGUGAGGAGGAUGGCCAGGCAGCGUCAGGCCGAGGCGAGAUCAGCGGUGGCGGUGAUGGCAGAUCCAGGGUAGAAACCACACCUAGACCAAGCGGGCCUCCAGAGAUCACCUCAGGUACAGAGACCUCAUCCCUGGAAGCAAUGCUGGGAUCCUCAUCACUUCCAGAAAUGGCCACACCAGAACCCGACCACACAUACACCAUCACUGACGGAGGCCACCAACCAAAACUGGUUUUCAAAGAUGAGGUCACCCCUGAAACCACAUCAGAGCUGGAGCAACUCGUGGAGCUUUCAGCAGGUGGAGACUCAUCAGGAAAACCUCCUUUGCACAUCCUGAUCGUCAGCGUGCCUGGAAGAAAUGAGUCCGUGGAGCGUGUCCUGGAUUUCCUCAAACAGCCCGUGAAUGGCUCCCCCUUCCCACAGAUCCCUGGACUCACACAGCUGACCAGUGAGGGUGUCCUGGGCAGCGGGAACUCCGACCUUUUCGGACCUUCUUCCACCGGGGUGCCUACAGCAAUCAGUUUUCUCAAUGGAAAACAUGAGAUGACCUUUGAGCCCCAGCUUCCAGAAGAAGCCAGAGGAGAUCAGUUUGAGAUGGUCACAUCUGUUCCAGUGGAGGAAGAUGUGGAGCAGAAAGAGGACGUGACCCUGUUUGAAUACAAUGCCAUCCACGUCCAGACAGAGAAAACCAGUGAUGAAGGAACUGAUCCGGAUCGAGAUGGAGCUUCAGGUCCAGCACGUGAUGGAGACACUGUCCCUGAAAUCUUCCCAGGCGGUCCAGAUCAAACCUCCACAAAUUCUCCACUGAUGUCACCAACAACAUCAGGUCCAGUCCAUGCUGGAGUCUCUCAGCCCGUCCCCAAAGGUGGCGUCACCUACGAGAAGAUGGAAGGCUCUGCUCCUCCCACCCCAGGUGCAGGCGACCUAUCAGGUGUGAGGACUGAUGAGACCGAACUUGGAGAAACAGAGGCUCCCACUGCUAUCCCAGACACCAAGCAGCAGAAGACCACCUCCUGUGUCCCGACCUGGGAAGUUGAAGGUUCUGUUUCUGGAGAGGACAGCGCCUUUGGACAAGAUGUUUACUCUCCUGAGACGCCCAGUGACUCCACCCCCCACACACAGCAGCCUCCACCUGCUGCCGAUGCAGACUCAGAGUCAGGUUCAGGUACAGAGCAGGUGUCUGGAGAGUCCUCCGGGCAGCAGGGUGGUCCGGAUGACCCACUUGGAGAGGUCAGAGUUAAAGUUCUACCAGCUGUGGCAGUAGUGAGAGAUGAAACUACCACAAAAUCCCAGGACCCAGUCUCACACCGGACUACGAUUAGACCCCCCAUCAUAGAUCACCAACCACAACCUCCAACCAGAACCUCUGACCCCCACACAGAACUGUCCUCCACCAGCUCGGUCCAGAGCGUGAACCACAUCACCCUUUCCACCUCCUCUCCCUUCUACACCUUUGACCACAGCCCCCACUCCGUCCCUCAGUGGGCCCUGACCCCCGGCCCGUCCACGGCUCCCCUACCAGAGGAGGGAUUGGGGGGUUAUGAAACCUCUCUGGUGGAGUCCCUCCCACUGAAACCCGAAGAGACUGAGAUUAUCGAGCUGCUGAGGACCAGCUCCGACCCCACUGUCAUCGUCAGAGAUCUCCUGCCAUGCUCCUUUGAUGUUUGUCAGAACGGAGGAUCCUGCUUCCAGAAAGGAGAUGAAAACAUGUGUGUGUGUCCACCUGGAUUCACUGGACGGUUCUGUGAAACAGACGUGGACGAGUGCCACUCCAACCCGUGUCUGAAUGGCGCCACCUGUUUGGACGGGAUCAGCUCCUUCACCUGCCUCUGCCUGCCCAGCUACUCCGGAGAGCUCUGUGAACAAGAUACGGAGGUCUGUGGGUUUGGGUGGCAGAAGUUCCAGUCCCACUGCUACCGGUACUUCACCCACCGACGGACCUGGGACGCGGCUGAGAGAGAGUGUCGGCUGCACGGAGCCCAUCUGACCAGCAUCCUGUCCCAGGAGGAGCAGAUCUUCGUCAACCGUCUGGGCAGCGACUACCAGUGGAUCGGGCUGAACGACCGGAUGUUUGAGAGGGACUUCAGGUGGACGGACAGCAGGCCGAUGCAAUACGACAACUGGAGGCCGAACCAGCCGGACAGCUUCUUCCAGUCCGGAGAAGACUGUGUGGUGAUGAUCUGGCACGAGGGGGGACAGUGGAACGACGUGCCCUGCAAUUACCACCUGACCUUCACCUGCAAGAAGGGAACAGUGUCAUGUGACCAGCCCCCUGUGGUGAAACACGCUCAGGUGUUCGGUGCCAUGAAGCCUCGCUACGAGAUCAACUCCCUGGUCCGGUACCACUGCAGACGGGGCUUCAUCCAGAGACACGCCCCCACCAUACGCUGCCGGCCCAACGGCCAAUGGGACGAUCCCAAAGUCACCUGCAUGAGCCCUGCCACCUACCACAAGUCCUCCAGUCUGCUGCGCCAGAACAACCAGCAGCAGAACUGGGACCACGUACACCAUGCCACGAGUCCCCAGGACCACCGAGAGAAGCUGCUGCGGGAGAAGAGGGAAGACCAGGUCCAGACACAGGACCAGGACCAGAUGGGACACUGACGGUUUUCCGACAGUGGCCCGGUUGCUGCAGGCCGGCCGUGGUCCAGAGCUGUGGACAGACAGGAAGUGAUGCUGUCUGUCCAUGAUGAUUCACAUCCAGAACCAGGACCAGACAGCCUUUACGCCUCAAUGACUGGGCCUCAGUCUCCACCUGAUACACCUGCUCUCCAUCACCUCACCACAAACUGCUUCCAGACCCACCACAACCAAGUCCACAGAGUUUUCUGGUUCUGGUUCUGUUCAGUUGGUCCUGGACCAUUUUCGACUCUUCCUGAAGACGACGACUUUCUGGAGACGUGACUUGUUCUCGUCUCCCGCUUCAUUGCAGUGUUCUCACCUGCAGGACUUGGGAAAAUGGACCAGGAGCAGGACCAGGAAAGUUCACCCUGCUGUGAACUCUGGCAGCUUUUUUCUGCUUCCCAUCGGUGUGGCGAACACUUCGGACUCGGCUGCUGGACGGGACCUCCAGCCAAUCAGUGAGCUGUAUUCACCGCGUGGAGCAGUCAGCAGAAACAAACGUGUGGGGGAUUCAGAUUACUGAAAAACAGAUCUGGGUUAAAAAAUGAAUCAAUGUGAAUCAUUUCAAAUUGAACUAGUAUAAUUUAGAUUUUUUUAAUACAUUUCCUUUUCCGGAGAUAACAGUGACGGUACCCUUGCGUGACUUGCUAAUGCUCUGCAAGAUGUUAGCAUAUAUACUGAAAGGUUUCCUGUGUUGCUUCCGUCCAAAAUCAGGUUCUCUCAGAAAAUUCAGAUGUUUUCAUUCACCAUUAUAUUCACCUGUCAACUAUUUAAAACCUUAUUCCCUCCCACAUUAGCAGCUAACACUAAGCCCACGGGCUCACACAUUAGAGACUAAUGCUAAGACCACGGGCUCACACAUUAGCAGCUAACGUUAAGACCACGGGCUCACACAUUAGCAGCUAACACUGAGACCGUGGGCUCACACAUUAGAGGCUAACGCUAAGACCACGGGCUCACACAUUAGAGGCUAACACUGAGACUGUGGGCUCACACAUUAGAGGCUAACGCUAAGACCACGGGCUCACACAUUAGCAGCUAACGUUAAGACCACGGGCUCACACAUUAGCAGCUAACACUGAGACCACGGGCUCACACAUUAGAGGCUAACACUGAGACUGUGGGCUCACACAUUAGAGGCUAACACUGAGACUGUGGGCUCACACAUUAGAGGCUAACGCUGAGACUGUGGGCUCACACAUUAGCAGCUAACACUGAGACCGUGGGCUCACACAUUAGAGGCUAACACUGAGACCACGGGCUCACACAUUAGAGGCUAACACUGAGACCACGGGCUCACACAUUAGAGUCUAACGCUGAGACCACGGGCUCACACAUUAGAGUCUAACACUGAGACCGUGGGCUCACAAAUUAGCAGCUAACACCGAGACCGUGGGCUCACACAUUAGAGGCUAACACUGAGACCACGGGCUCACACAUUAGAGUCUAACGCUGAGAUCACGGGCUCACACAUUAGAGUCUAACACUGAGACCGUGGGCUCACAAAUUAGCAGCUAACACCGAAACCGUGGGCUCACAAAUUAGCAGCUAACACCGAGACCGUGGGCUCACAAAUUAGCAGCUAACACCGAGACCGUGGGCUCACACAUUAGCAGCUAACACUGAGACCGUGGGCUCACACAUUAGCAGCUAACACUGAGACUGUGGGCGCACACAUUAGAGGCUAACACUGAGACCACGGGCUCACACAUUAGAGUCUAACGCUGAGACCACGGGCUCACACAUUAGAGUCUAACACUGAGACCGUGGGCUCACAAAUUAGCAGCUAACACCGAGACCGUGGGCUCACACAUUAGCAGCUAACACUGAGACCGUGGGCUCA